GCCGACCUCUUGGUGUAAAACAUAACCUAAGAAUUUUUCUUGUUUUAUCUGGUUGUAAACAAAACAUGACGAUGACGGGAGAUCAACAGCUUCCGGAGAACGAACAAAUUAUAUUGGCGACGGCUGGUUACGACCACACAAUAAAAUUAUGGCAGACACACAGUGCUAUUUGUCAGCGCACAAUGCAACAUUCCGAAUCACAAGUAAAUAUGUUAGAAAUCACACCAAAUCGCAACUUACUUGCUGCUGCGAGUUAUCAGUACAUUCGAAUGUAUGAUUUGGGAUCAAAUACUCCAACUGCUAUAAUCACCUAUGAGGGUGUAUCUAAGAAUAUAACCUGUGUGGGAUUUAAUAAUAGAGGUUCAUGGAUGUAUUCUGGUGGUGAAGAUGGAAAGGUACGUAUAUGGGACGUCGAGCGAUCAACGAAUAUUUCACACUCGUAUGAUGUGAAUGCUCCUAUUACCAGUGUCAAGUUGCAUCCUAAUCAAGUAGAACUUAUUAUUGGUGAUCAAAACGGAACUAUACAUUCAUGGGAUAUGAGGACUAAUGCUGCAUUACAAUAUAUUCCUGAUGGAGAUAGUAUGAUCCUUGAUGUGGCCAUUAAUCCAACUGGUACUACCCUAGCUGCUGUUAACUCAAAAGGCAAAUGUUACAUUUGGUCUCUGGUGGGUGGUGAAGGUGAUGAGCCUAUAAUUCUGCAACCAUUGAAGGUGUUCGAACCACACACGCGACAUGCGCUGAAAUGCAAAUUCAGCCCAAAUUCUAGCAUGUUUGUCACGACAUCGGCAGAUCAUUCGGCGAAAAUCUUUAAGACCAGCGACUAUUCUUUAGUGCAAGAGCUUCGACACAACGACCAAAGAUGGGUUUGGGAUGCGGCUUUUAGCGCCGACUCAAUGUAUCUAUUUACGGGGUCUUCUGAUAACGCUGCGAGAUUAUGGAAUGUAAAUACAGGUAAAAUUGAACGGGAGUACUGUGGUCAUCAGAAAGCAAUUACAUCGAUUGCCUUCAGGGAUGUUGUUAUGGCUAUAUGAAUAUUUAACAACUGCGUAUUUGUAAACUAUAUUUAUAUAGAAAUGAUUUGUUAUUCAUGAAUUUCGUUAAGAUUUAAAAAAAAAACUGGACCGAUUUCAA